AUGGAAUUUUCAGCAUUUCUAGUAUUCGCAGUCUGGACUUCAUCGAUGACUUACUUGUCGUUUGGUAAAGAGCGAGAACGCGCAAUGGUGUUUCCAGACUACUACUUCUUUGCUGAAAGACGUUUGGUUAAACAUACUAUCGAAACAAGAAAAGUCGAGAACUUUGAUGAUUGCGAGCUUUUGUGCUACCUGACCGACAAUUGUGUCAGUCUUAACUUCAAAAAAGAUCCUGACAAACAUGAAGUAGUUCACAUCUGUGAACUAAAUAACGCCACGCAUCUGAAACACGACAUUGAAUUGGCAACUGAUGCCAGGUUUUAUUAUCGUGGUUCGAAGAACGCUUGUGACAAGAGUUCCAACUGCCAAAAUAACGCAACUUGCCAGUCUGGAUUUACAUUCAAGGGAUAUCGAUGCUUAUGUCCUCCUGGAUUCGAGGGAGAACGUUGUGAAAAGGAUACUGAUAAAUGCGAAGCAUUCACUGGCAAAUGCCACAAGGAGGCUACGUGUAAUAACACAUGCGGAUCAUACGUGUGCACAUGCAAAUCUGGAUUUAUCGGAGAUGGGCAUAAUUGUACAGACACUGACGAAUGCAAAACAUACCCCGACAAAUGUCACGUAAAUGCUACUUGUAACAACACGCACGGAUCACACGUUUGCACAUGCAAACCUGGAUAUACUGGAGAUGGACGCAAUUGUACAGAUGUUGACGAGUGUAACGGAAACCAGUCUUGUCAUGAGAAUGCAAAGUGUACGAACACCAUUGGAUCACAUGUAUGUGAAUGUCAGCCUGGAUAUACUGGAGAUGGACAAAAUUGCACAGAAGUUGACGAAUGCAAGGAGAGUCAUAACAUUAAAAUAAACGAAUGCCAUCAGAAUGCCUCUUGCAUUAAUACCCAGGGCUCAUACCAAUGCUCUUGUAAUCCCACAUACAUUGGGAAUGGUUUUGAAUGCGAAGCCGACCCAUGUUAUAAUUAUCAAAACCUGAGUGAUGCCAAUAGAAAGAGCAGUUACGUUACACCGUUACAUGGUCCAGUGUUGUGUGACAACUUACUCCCCAACGGAUGGUAUCGUUUUGUGGGAGCUGCAGGAACAAAAAUGCCAACAACUCGUGUACCAGCAUUCAGAUGUGGGACACACUCGCCUGGCUGGUUACAGACUGCUCGUCCUCAAGUGGAAAAAGGUGAAGUUCACUGGACGGUCUGCUUUAGUGAUCGCUCUACUGGUUGCAAAUACUCAAACGUGAUUCCUGCUAAAAUUUGUGGAUCCUACUUUAUCUACAAACUUCAUCACUCACCAGGGUGUAGCUCACGCUACUGUGGUACAGACUGA